UAUUUGAACUCAAAAGUUAAGCGCAUUUCAAAUUCAGUGUGUGUACACCCUGCGCGCGCACACACACACACACAAAAAUGCACACACACUGCUGUGAGAUCACAUGAUUUCAAGGAAUCUGGAGACUGAAGUGAAAGUGAAAGUACAGCCGGGAACACCUGAACCCAAUAGUUUUGCGUCUGCGCGUUUGAAAGGCAGAUUUGGGGGUGGGGGGACGGGUGAACCACCCGGUUCUGGGCUUAUUCGGUAUUCCAAAAAAAACCGGCUUUAAUUACAGUAUAGCAAAAGCCGCGUAUCCGCAGCCCCGCCUUCUUUUUUUCAAACCGAAAGUAUGUUAUUUCGUAUCAAAGGAGCUGCGACCUUCUGGGGGCGAGAAGCUGACUGCAGCUCUCUGCUGUUAGGAACCAACCAGCCUGUGUCCGCUGCGGCAUGUAAGUAAGCUUCAUUAUUCCUUAGUUUACCCUCUCACUGCUCUCUGAAGCUGAAAUUGGGCUCAUAUUGGAAGAAUCCAAACAAAUUGAAAAAUCAAGAUGUCGUUUUUCCGUUAAGUGUGGGAUGUUAAUGACAAGCGUUUCCAAUAUUGUUGCAUUGAAUCCCAUCAAUUCCAGUGUGUCAUGAUGAAAUCCACCCCCUCCCUAUUAAAUAAAUCUGUUUUUACAACACCAUGCAUUUUUUUUUUUUUUGGUUCAACUUUCCGUGCAGCCUUUGUCCACCUUUGCUAAAUACUUUUGCAGCUUUUCGUAAUUUAAAACCUUUUUUGCAGCAUUUGCUGUUAUAUCCUAACUCUAGGACUCUGUCUUUGAAACUCCUCAGUCCCUGUAAGGUGCUGUUUCAGACCUCCAGCUCUGAUUCAUUUAUUUUUUAUUUUACCCAUUACCCCCUUAGAAUAAAGUAACGCUGUGUGAUUGCCCUGCACCGCUGCUCAAGCACUGUGGCUGUGAAAACCUCUGAAAUGAAACUUAAACAUCAUUGUCACCGUUUCUUUUCUUCUUCUUCUUCUUUUUUUUUUUUUUUGCGUUUUGUGAUGUAAUGCACAAAAAAUAUCAGCAGAAUUAUUUGUAUUUAUACACUGUGUACAACUGUGUAACGUUGGUGAGAGAAUGGCCUCUAUAAGCUCAUUACAAAUACUAAUGAGAAAAAAAAAUCAAAUAUACUCGGUGUGAUAUUUAUACACUCUGAGGACAAAAAAUGAUUUUAAGUAUUAAAAGUUACAAAUACACUACUCACUGCUUAGUAUAAACUAUACUAGUUAUAAAAUAUCAUUAAAACAUACUUAAUUUAAAGUUUUUGCAUGUUUUUCAAUAUUUUAUUGUUUUGUUGUGUUUAUUUCAUUUGUUUUUAAUUCUGCACAGGAGGGUUGUCGAAACACUUUUUUUUUUUUUUCUUUUUUUUUUUUAUGAAAACCACCAAAUUUGCAUUUUGUAUGCUAACUGGAAUAUUCUUACCUCACUCUUCAGAGGAAAUCAAGUUUUUUUUUUAAACUCUUCUUAGUCUGGCUUGAUUGAGAAAGUGAAAGCUUUCAGCCAUCAUCAGUUGAGUUGUAUCCACCCUCACCAAUGGUUGGUAACACACAAAUAAGUGGUUACUGAAAGACAUACACCCUCUCUAAAGCCAAAGAUAUGUUUCAGCUUAUCAUUUGCUUGAUUUCCCUGCAGCUUUAUCACUCUAAGAGCUCUUAAAACAAACAAAAAACCAAUUUUACAAUUUACAAUUUAUCACCUAACAGCUUUUUAGCAGCUACAAAGCCUCAGGAGUUAGUGGUCACCAAAAACAGAGCUAACUAGAGCAACUAGAAGUGCAUACCUUCCCCAGCCCAAAUUUUCUAUGUGACGAUACUACGCUGCAAUAGACACCACCCAAUGUUGUAAAACUGUAAAAUAUGACUUUAUAUUUUUAUUUAAAAAUUGAGAUCCACAUGAAGAGAUGACGGCAUAAAAACGUGUAAACCACAAAAUGAAUAAUGACUAUGCCACUGUCAGAUUUUUAAAUAAUCAGAGGAAACUGGUAAAUAAUGAGAGUUUACGUGCUUAUGCUCAUGUGAAAUACAGUGGAUUAAACAAGUCCCUCUGUCUUUCAGCUCAUCAGUGUUUUCAGUGACGACAGAGCGGCACUUCCUAUGUAGAGCUGAUAAAUCUUGAUUAAAUUCUCAGCAGCAUGGCAUCUCAAAGAGGACUGAGCAACAGAUGACCGGCCAGGAAGAAGUAAGUGAUGGCGGAUCUGCCAGUGAAAAGUGGAGCAACAGGUGGUCAAGGAGAGGAUUCUUCUGUGUAGAAUGGUCAGAGACAAUCUUAAUAGAGUGGUAGUACAGAGCCCACAACAGAACCACGCAGCUGAAACACAGAACCCGAGCGAACCCUCUGAAGAACAUCCGGGCCCCAAAUGGGAACAGAGCCCAGACGAGGAGAAACCGGAGAGCACAGAGCUGAGACAGCGGCGGCUGGAUUUACUGCGUUGGUUCAAAGACAACACUAAGGAAGAGGCUGAUUUCUGGCCAGCGACCGGAGCUGAUGUCGACAGCGUUCCCACACACCUCCGUCCUUUCACCAGUGAAGCAGAGUAUAAACUAGUGAAAAGUACUUAUCACCAGCUUCUGCACAGUGGUUACUACUGGGGACCAAUGACAAUGGAAGAAGCACAUGAAAUACUCAGACAUGCUCCAGCUGGAACCUUCCUUAUCAGAGACAGCGGCCAGCCAGAUGUUUUCUUCACUCUGAGUUACCAAAGCGAUGACGGCCCGACAAGCAUUCGUGUACAGCUGAACAAGCUGCUCUUCAGUCUUUAUGGAAGCCAGAGGACUUUUGCUUCACUCUUUGCUCUGCUGACUUACUACACCAGCUCGGGCUGUAAGCUGACAGUGCCCUACCGCAAGCAGCGCCCAGAGCGCCUGAAACAGAUGUGCAGGAGGGCCUUUGUACGUGCGUUUGGAGCAGAAAGCAUAAGUAAAUUACCCAGACUCAACACGCAAGUUAAAGGCUAUGUUCAUGCGUACCCUCACUCAAUAUAGAGACACACCUGUGUACGAAGUGCCAGUCUCUGUGUCAAGAGGUUGUGUUAUUGUAAGUAAAAAGAAUGUUCUUCAUUUUGCAAAAAUAAAUUAUGCAUUUUUUUUUUUUUUUUUUGUAUUAUAAAUGAGAGAUGACACAAGCAUGAUGAAAAAUCCCUGCAGUGACUGCCAUGCAUGAGAUGAUUGUACAGGCCAGCGAGUAGAAAGAAGUAACAACAGGAGACAGAAAUGUCUGUAACAGGUUAUUCAGUUCAGUUAGCUGUAGCACAAAUGGUACUCCUGGAGUUUGUUGUGAAGUUAUUUGCACACCUUCUGGUAAUGUUGUGUUUUGCAGAUUUCACUUGGCGUGUUUUUUAUCGUUGUGUUUUUUUAUGUACUGUCAGAAGUCACCGGUUAAUAUUUAUGCAACUCAAAUUUUAAACAAUUUCUCUGUAAAUGCUGCACCACUGCCUUUACAAUGACAUAUCAGGUUGUUUUGUCUAUGGUAUAACUGCAUCGGUUACAAGCCACAAGCUCAUGAAUGUAAGGACAAACCUGUCGUGAAAAUCCACUUGGGGUGAAGGUGUCUGGCUCGGUUCUUCUUUCGCUUUGUUUGUGCCAGCAAUUACACUUUCUGUCCUGCGACUUCAUUAUCUCCUCAUCUCUGCACAAAAGUGCUGUUUGUUUGGUAACAUUUGCUUAAUUAUCUCAAUAUCUUGAUACAAGCAGGGUUCUUUUGCUGUGCACAAAGGGGAAAAUAUUUCAUUUUCAAUAGAGAACAAGGGAUUCUAACCACUAAAUUGGUGUUAUGAUUCAUAUAAUUUGCAGUUAAUGGGAUCCAGCUAUUCCGCCUGUCUCGUGCAGUGCUCAGCCUGACUUCAGACCUUUUAUGAAGCUGUAGAUGUAGUUUUCCCAUUAGAGGUGGAAGCCUCUUCUUUUGUUAUCUCACAGUAAUAGGAUCGCUCCAUCUAUAGCUGAUCUUAGAUUCUGUAGUCUCUUCAAAAAAAAAGAAAAGAAAAAAAUGCAUGUACUCUGUUUGUCUAUUCAUUUGUUGCUGGUUUCCCCCCACCUGCUGUCAAGGGGGUUGCCGAGAACAGCUAAACAGAGCAGCAAAGUUGGUCAUGACUGAAUGUGGGUUUGUCACUAAUGAGUAUUUCAUGUGGACAUAUGAAUUUUUUUUUAUGUACAAGUAUUCAUUAAUGUACACAGCACAUAAUUAUUUGAAAAUCCAUGUGGUAAUGUGGUGGUGUGUUCUGAUGUCUUGUUUGAGUUGAAUAAAUUUUUUAUGAAGCUAAGGCUUAAUUACUGUCCAGAGAAAGCAGCUGCCUAACUUCAGACUUUCAGGGAUCCCUCAGUCCCUUUGGUUGGGUCACAAAUAGUAAAUAAAGGGAAGUACAAAUCAGUCCCAUUUUAUUUGUAGCCAUUGUAACAGUGUUGGUCUGCCUGUACACCACCAUCUCAACAGCUAAACUGAUGGUGCUGUAUGCAGGGGUGAAAGUAA